ACAUUCCAGUAAUCAUGGCCACCAAGGAGAUCAUGCCCGACCCCAUAUGUCUAAUCGAGAACUUAAGUAAUGGUCAGCUGGCGGUGAAUCCAAAGGCGCUGGCCAUCCUGUCUGGCAUUUCCCAGCGUGUGGUGGUGGUGACCAUCGUGGGCCCAUAUCGCACUGGGAAAUCCUAUCUGAUGAACCAGCUGGCGGGACAGAAGAAGGGCUUCUCUCUGGGCUCCACCGUGCAGGCUCACACCAAGGGAAUCUGGAUGUGGUGUGUUCCUCAUCCCACAAAGAAAGACCACACUCUGGUUCUGCUGGACACCGAGGGGCUGGGAGAUGUGGAGAAGGGGAAUCCCAAGAAUGACUCCUGGAACUUUGCUUUGGCUGUUCUCCUGAGCAGCACACUUGUGUACAACAGCAUGGGCACUAUCAAUCAGCAGGCCAUGGACCAGCUCCACUAUGUGUCAGAGUUGACAAAACACAUCAGGACCAGAGCUGGGCCCAGUCUUGAUGGGGUAGAUGACUCGGCGGAAUUUGUGAGCUUCUUCCCAGAUUUUGUGUGGACUGUGCGCGAUUUCACCUUGGAGCUGAACCUAGACGGUCACCCCAUCACUGAAGACGAGUACCUGGAGAAUGCCCUACAACUAAAGAGAGAGACUGAUGAAGAAGCCAAACUGUUUAAUCUUCCGCGGCGGGGCAUUCGGCAAUUCUUUCCAACCCACAAGUGCUUUGUGUUUGUCCCACCGACAAACUGGAAAAAGCUCAAGAAGCUUGAGGAGCUCCAGGAAAGUGAUCUGGAAACUGAGUUUCUGGAACAGGAAGAACGCUUCUGCUCCUACAUCUUUCAAUAUGCCAAAACCAAGACAACGCAGGGGGACAUAGUAAUCAACGGGACUCGGCUGGAAAGCCUAGUGGUGACCUAUGUAGAGACCAUCUCCAGUGGUGGCUUGCCUUGCAUGGAGAAUGUAGUGUUGGUCUUGGCAGAGAUUGAGAACUCAGCUGCAGUUAAGAAGGCCCUAGCCUGCUAUGAGAAGUUGAUGAGUCAACUGAGGUUCCCCACAAACACCUUGCAGGAGCUGCUGGACUUUCAUGCGGUCAGCGAAAGUAAAGCCCUUGAGGUCUUCAUGGAGAGUUGCUUCAAGGAUGAAGGUCAAAAGUUCCAGAAGGAGCUAGGGAACCAGCUGUUGGAAAGGAUGAAUGACUUCUGCAAGAAGAAUGAGAAAAUGUCAACCGAUCAUUCCUGGGUCUUGAUUCAAAAGAUUUUCCAACCUCUGGAGGAGGCGGUAAUGAAAGGGACCUUCUCCAAACCGGGAGGAUACACCCUCUUUCUUCAGAUGAAACAAAAACUGAAGAAGAAAUAUAACCAGGAGCCAGACAAGGGUCUACAGGCUGAGGAGACACUUCUAAAAUAUUUGCGGUCCAAGGAAGAUAUGGAGGAAGCAAUUUUACAAACAGAUAAGUUACUCUCAGAAAAGGAUAAGGAGAUGGCAGUGGAAAAGGCAAAAUCUAAGACUGCAGAGCAGGAAGCCAAGCUGUUACAGAAAGUGCGGGAGAAGAACCAGCAAAUGCUGGAGCAGAAGGAGAAAAGUUACCAGGAACAUGUGAGACAAUUGACCCGGAAGAUGGAAGAGGAGUGGCAGCACAUGCUGGCAGAGCAAGAGAAGGCCAUAAGUUUGAAACUCAAGGAGCAGACAAAAUUAGUUCAGGAAGGGCUCCACAAUGAAAGCAAGCAAAUACAAGUUCAAAUUCAUUGCCUCCAGUCGAACUGUAGGAGUAGCUCAUCUAAGUCAUCCUGCAUCAUAAUCUGAAGAUAUUUUAUCAAUAGUAAUCACUUUUCCACAUCACCCUAUGUCAUGGUCCAAAGAUGUUUUAUCUUAUCUUUAGCACCUCUGAUGUUAACCUUCAACACUGUGCCUCCAUCUCAUCUAUCUCACAGCCGACCCCUCGCCCUCAUCCUGCAUCUGGCCCGAUAAACCAUCCCUCCUCCAAUCCGACAAUCACUCUCCCCUACUUCAAAGUCUUAUUGAGGGCACAUCUCCUCCAAGAGACCUUCCCUGACUAAGCCCGCCCUUUCCUUCUCUCCCACUUCCUUCUGUGUCACUCUGACUUGCUCCCUUUGAUCUUCCACUCCUCCGAGGCCCACAGUACUGAUGUAAAUAUCUAUAAUUUAUAGAUUAUAAAUUAUAAUCUAUAGACUAGACUGUAAGCUCGUUGUGGGCAGGGAAUGUGUCUGUUUAUACUGUACUGUACUCUCCUAAGCACUUAAUACAAUGCUCUGCGCACAUGAAAUGCUCAAUAAAUAUAAUUGAAUGAAUGAAUGAAUGAAUGAACUCAUACAUCCGGGUUACCCUGUGUCACAGUCUGAAGAUCUUUUUCACCUUUUUUCAACCAGGCCUACAGUGGAAUUCCAAAGGUAAACUUUUAACACUCAAAACAGUAGUAAUUAGUGCAUGCUAGGGCAUGCAAAUUGCAUCAUAAUCACAUUUUUCAAUGCAGAUGCCAUCAUCUUACCAACAGUCAAUCG